UUUUUUUUUUGGGGGAAAAUCCUGAGAGCAGUCGAGCCCUAAAAACACACACACUUUUUCACACAGGGACUGUAUCGCAUACUUGUUUGCUGUAUUGUCCGCAAUAAAUUUAAAAUCCAAAAUCUUUUAAUUAAUUCGUAAAACCCUUAUAGAUUUAAGGGGUUUGGUAAUUGGAUGAGCAAUCUCUGCACAAAAAUUCGUGAUUUAAUUCUGUGCUGCGUGGUUGAAUAAUGGGGGCGAGUCGGAAGCUUCAAGGUGAAAUCGACCGCGUUCUCAAGAAGGUCCAGGAAGGCGUUGACGUCUUCGAUAGUAUAUGGAACAAGUUCGGUAGGUUUACGACACCGACAAUGCCAAUCAGAAGGAGAAGUUUGAAGCCGACUUAAAGAAGGAAAUCAAGAAGCUCCAGAGGUAUAGGGAUCAGAUCAAAACUUGGAUUCAGUCCAGUGAGAUUAAAGAUAAGAAGGUUAGUGCCUCUUAUGAGCAGGCUCUGGUGGAUGCUCGCAAGCAGAUUGAGCGUGAGAUGGAAAGAUUUAAAAUUUGUGAAAAAGAGACUAAAACAAAAGCCUUUUCCAAAGAAGGGUUGGGCCAACAGCCUAAAACGGAUCCAAAAGAGAAGGCCAAAUCAGAGACAAGGGAUUGGUUGAACAAUGUGGUUGGGGAGUUGGAGUCUCAGAUUGACAAUUUUGAAGCCGAGCUUGAGGGUCUAUCUGUUAAGAAAGGAAAGACGAGGCCUCCUCGACUGACACAUCUGGAGACAUCUAUUACUCGGCAUAAGGCUCAUAUUAUGAAGUUAGAACUGAUCUUGAGGUUAUUGGAUAAUGAUGAAUUGAGUCCUGAGCACGUGAAUGAUAUCAGAGACUUCUUAGAAGACUAUGUGGAACGUAACCAGGAGGAUUUUGAUGAGUUUAGUGAUGUCGAUGAGCUGUAUAGUUCCUUACCAUUGGACAAAGUGGAAUCGCUUGAAGAUCUUGUUACAAUUGGCGCUUCUGGUCUUGUUAAGGGUACACCAAUUAUUGGCCUGAAAACUACUUUAGCAGCAUCAGCAACUCAAGUUCCUGCUGCUGUCAUUUCUAGUCAACAGAGUACUGUUCAAGAAUUGAUUGAAGAUACAGCAUCCCAAGAUAGUAAUUCUGAUACAAUUGCCAGAACACCACCUUCCAAAAGCAGUGGUUUGGGCUCUUCUCUUGCAACAACUCCUGCUGGGAAUCAUUCAUCUAUGCCUAUGAAUGUUCCACCUCAUAAUUUGUCCAGUGUUUCAACCGCUCCAACGAUCCUUCCAGGUUCAAGUUCUGCUCGUGUCACAGAGAGCACUGGAGCCACCAAUUCUUCGUCUCCUGUAAAUCUAUCUGUCUCUGUUAAGGAAGAAGAAAUCACAAACUUCCCUGGCCGUAGAUCAUCUCCUUCUCUUUCUGAUAGUGGACUUGUAAGGGGCAUUGGUCGAGGUGGACUCUCCAGUCAACCACCAUCUAGUAUGCCCCUUAGUCCUGGCAAUAUAGUUCCUGGCAGUGGUGCCCUUGGAACAGUUCCUUCUGCGUCUGACAUAGCAAAGAGAAACAUGUUGGGAGCUGAUGAGAGACUUGGAAAUAGUAGCAUGGUGCAGCCUCUUGUGUCCCCUUUAAGUAACAGGAUGAUCUUGCCUCAGGCUGCCAAGGCUAGUGAUGGAACUGGCUCAGUUGAUUCUGGUAAUGUUGGUGAGGCUGCUACUAUGGCUGGAAGAGUUUUUUCUCCUUCUGUGGUCUCUGGCAUGCAAUGGAGGCCAGGAAGUUCCUUUCAAAACCAAAAUGAAGCGGGCCAGUUUCGUGGAAGAACUGAAAUAGCACCUGACCAAAGGGAGAAAUUUUUGCAGAAACUCCAACAAGUGCAGCAACAAGGUCAUAGUCCCCUUCUUGGCAUGCCUCCUCUUGCUGGGGGAAAUCAUAAGCAGUUUUCUGCACAGCAGCAAAACCCACUGUUGCAACAGUUUAAUUCUCAGAGUUCAUCUGUCUCUCCUCAAGUGGGAUUAGGACUUGGAGUCCAAGCCUCGGGUAUUGGAACUGUUACAUCCACAACCUUACAGCAGCAGCCAAGUUCCAUCCAUCAACCUUCUAAUCAAAUGGCAUUGGUCUCAAGUGGGUUGAAAGAAGCUGACGUUGGUCACUCAAAAGUUGAAGAGCAGCUGCAACCAAAUAUUUCUGAUGAUUCAACUACUGACACUGUUCCUAGUUCUGGGAUUGGAAAGAAUGUCAUGAAUGAGGAUGACUUGAAAGCUUCAUAUACGAUUGAUUCUCCAGCUGGUGUUUCUGGCUCUUUAACGGAGCCUGUGCAAGGGCCACGAGAUAUUGAUCUCUCUCCUGGGCAACCUUUGCAGGCCAAUCAGUCUUCUGGUAGCCUUGGUGUUAUUGGCCGAAGAAGUGUUUCUGACCUUGGUGCCAUUGGUGACAACCUCACUGGAUCAGCUGCUAAUCCUGGGGGAAUGCAUGACCAGUUAUACAACUUGCAGAUGCUCGAGGCUGCAUAUUACAAACUUCCACAACCCAAAGACUCCGAACGUGCAAGGAGUUAUACUCCGCGGCACCCUGCAAUAACUCCUCCUAGCUACCCCCAAGUACAGGCACCCAUUGUUAACAAUCCGGCCUUCUGGGAACGAUUGGGUAGUGAAGCUUAUGGAACUGAUACCCUGUUUUUUGCAUUUUAUUAUCAGCAGAACACUUAUCAACAGUAUUUGGCUGCCAAAGAGUUAAAGAAGCAAUCUUGGAGAUAUCACAGGAAAUAUAACACAUGGUUUCAGCGACAUGAGGAGCCUAAAGUUGCCACUGAUGAGUUUGAGCAGGGAACUUACGUCUACUUUGAUUUCCAUAUUGCCAAUGAUGAUCUACAGCAUGGAUGGUGCCAAAGGAUCAAGACCGAGUUUACCUUCGAGUAUAAUUAUCUUGAAGAUGAACUUAUCGUAUAGAAGAUGUGAAGUGGAUGCUACUACAAUUCGAUUGUCUUGUUGAUUUGCUUGUUUGAGUUGUGCAAGCUAAGCUUGAUAGUUCUUUUGUAAGUUUAUUUUUGGAGAAUUGUUUUACUUUAUUUUUAUUUUAUUUUAUUUGUUAUCUAACACUGUGUACUCACAUUCUGGGGGUCAGAAUGAUUAUGAACUCUGGAAUGCUUUUUAGUAGCAAUUCCCGCCAGCUUUCAAC